AUGAGAGUUUCCAUACGAAGAUUCGCUCUUGUGAUACUACUAUUCUUCUUAGGUGGUACCAUCUACUCCGCCAUCUAUGUUAACUAUAUUCACAUACACCGGUUAUAUCAGGAUAUAUUCAUCUUUGAACAAUUUGAUAGUGAAAGUUUUAAAGCAUCUGAUUUAAUCAUAAAGAAUGAAAUCCAUUAUCCAAACUAUGUCUAUUCUGGUUAUAAAGAUUUCAUUUCAUCAUUCAAUUCAAAACUGUUAAGUGCUAUUAAAGCGUUACCACUUGAAGAAAAAUGUCAGGCUGUGUUUGAACAAUUUCAUGAAACUGAUCCCGAUUGGAAAUUCCCUUCUUUCGUGGAUCCUGAUUACUUAUAUGAUAAAAGUAUUGAAAACAAACAAGGUUACUUUCAUCGAGCUCAAGAUAGAUUACGUAAAACAAGACCUGAAGAUGAAAGAAAUAUCACUUAUCGCGAUAAUAUAGGAAUUAAUAAUGAUUUCAAUCGACAAAUCAUGAAAACUAAACAAAUUGAACAAAAAAUGGCUGAUAUAACCACUUUAAUGAGAUUAUAUGAUAAAUGUUUUAUCAAAAAUGACGAUCAACUUACCCCUAAUUUAAAAGAAUUAUAUGAUAGAUUUACUUCAAAAUUAUUUCAUUAUAUAACUCCAAAUCUUCCAUUAUUUCAAUUAUCAGAUCAUAGAGAAAUACCAGCUAAUGAAUUCCCCGUCUUGAAUAAAGAUAAUGAAUUCUUAGGUGAUACUAUCUCAUUCGAUCCUGAAAAGGAAAAUAUCAUUGAAUUCAUUCAUAAACAUAGUAAUGGUAGAGGUAUUGUCAUAUCAGCCACUACAAGACAUGCAAAAGAUCUUACAAGAUUAAUCAGAAUAUUAAGAGCUCUUAAUAAUAAAUUACCUAUUCAAAUUCUUUAUAAGGGAGAUAUUAAUAAACGAUCAAAGGAAUAUAUAGAAUUAACUGCCACUUGUGAUGUUGAAUUCUUAUUAAAUAAAGAACAUACCAACAUCUAUGAGAAAUUCAUGCCUGAAUUGGAUUUAUUAAAUGAUUAUAAAUCAUAUGGAUCGGAAUUCCCUAAACAACAAGUGAUGUUUGUUAAUAUCGUUCAUACUAUCGCUAAGAAUUUCAAAUAUGGUUUCCCUGGAUAUUCAAAUAAAGUACUUGCAUUAUUAUUCAGUUCAUUUAAAGAAAUCAUUAUGUUAGAUGCUGAUACAGUUCCAUUAGUUCAACUUGAACAUUUUUUCAAUUCCGAAGAAUAUCUUAAUUCAAAAACUUAUUUCUUUAGAGAUCGUACUUUACGUGAUAUCAAUAGUUAUAUUGAAACUAAUUAUUUCACCAAAUUAAUGCCAUCUAGUGAGAAAUCCAUUGAUGUAUUGUUUGACAUACCGAGAAUCACCGACAAAACCUUGAAAAACAAUUAUAUGACAGGUUUCAGACAUCAUCAAGAAGCAGGAGUGGUGGUGAUUGAUAAAGUUGAACAUUUUGGAGGGUUAUUAAUGGGAUUACCAUUAUCAUUAUGGAGAGAACCAGUUAAAUCUUCGAUCUGGGGUGAUAAAGAAAUGUAUUGGUUAGGAUUAUCCAUGGCAGGAGAUGAAAAUUAUGAAUUUAAUAAGUAUGAAGCAGCAAGUGUAGGUGAAUUUACAGUUAAAAAUGAUCAUAAAUAUUAUACUAAUACUAAAGCUAAAGAAAUUUGUUCAUCUCAUCCUGGUCAUGUGGGUAAAGAUGGGAAAUUAUUAUGGAUUAAUUCUGGGUUUGGGUAUUGUAAGAAGAAUGGGUAUUAUAGAGAUAGGGUUAAACAUCCAUUUGCGUUAUUAGAUCCUGAAGAAUUGAAUGUUUUAUUUAGUUCUCCCUUGAAGAUAAGAGCAGCUAUCGUUCCACCUAAAAUUCCUUAUUUCAGACAACCAUAUUCUCCAACUGAUUCAACUGCAGAAAGAGCAGUGGCUAAAAAAUGGAAAGAACGGAAGAAGGAUGUGGAUGAAAUUUCUCCAAUUGUAGAUGGUAAAGUUCAAUUAUUUGUUGAUGAUCAUGAUCCUCAAAAGGGUUGGGUUAAGAAUUCAAUUUGUUUUGGUUAUCAAUACUGUGCCUAUGAUUUAAUUGAAAGUUAUGAUAGUACGGAAGAUAAAAUCAUUUAUGAUAGAGGUUAUUCAUUUGAAUUUAAAGAAGAAGAUGUCAAAUUUUAUGAUUAUUUAAGUAAAGUUUGGAUAACGGCUUCAAGAACUAAUCCAUCUGGUGCGGUUGAAAAACCACAUAAAGAACCACCACCAAAACCAAUACCAAUCGUAUUAAGACCCGGUAAAGUGGAUAUUGACAAUGGUAUUGAAGCUCAUAAUAAAGCACAAGCAGCUAAAGAAAAUAAUAAAGAAAACAACGAAGUGAUUAAAAUAAUAUCUCCUCCUGUUGAUGUUCAAGCUCAAAUUGAUGAUAUACGAGAAGUUCAUGGAUUGGCUAAUAAUAGAAAAGGAAAUGGAUUGGAAAGUGAUGCUCAAAUUCAAAAACAACUCACGGAUGAAGGGGCAGAUAAAGAUGACGAUGAUGAACAACCAGAGAUAUUACCACCACCAAUCGAUGGCGAUGACAUUAAUGACAAGAUUAAAUAG